GUCGUCGGCACACUUUUUCUCACUUUUGAUUUCUCCGUCCGAGUGCGACCCCGCUAAGUCUCUCUCUCAAGAAAUGGACGACCUCUUCUUCCUGUUCGUCGUGCCUGGCCUCCGCGUCCCCUUUGUUUACUCUUCUUCAACCCUCCCUCUCGUCUUCGUCGCACCAACCCUGAUACCUCUCAAUUUCGUCGGGAUCGCGUGAUUCGCCACCGGAGGAACAAACUCGCCGGCGACUGGGACGGAUAUAGGAAUAGCUUGAGAGAGAUUGAGAGUGGGAAAAAAAAAGAGGAUCGGAUUGGAGGAAGCGAAUGACGAUGGUGAUGGCUAUGGAGGCGGCGUUGGUGUUUCUGGUCCCGUCGUGGUGGGAGAUCCAAGUCACCUUGGCUGCCGCCAUGUUCCUGAUCUUCGCGUACUGGUUCUUUGCUCACAGCGGCGGCGGCGGUGGCGAUGGUCCUCGUGGUGGGAGUGUGGAGAAUUUGGGGAAUGGUGGAGAUGGAUUCGAGAGCAGCGACAAGAUUGGCCCUCUGAAAGCAGACGCACAAGCAAGUUCUGGAUAUAUAAUCAAGGUGGAAUUGUUGGCUGCUAAGAAUCUGAUUGGUGCCAAUCUGAAUGGCACAUCAGAUCCUUAUGCUCUUAUUGCUUGUGGUUCUGAGAAGCGAUUCAGCUCUAUGGUUCCUGGUUCAAGAAACCCUAUGUGGGGCGAAGAAUUCAACUUUUCUGUGGAUGAGCUACCUGUUAAGAUCAAUGUCACAAUAUAUGACUGGGAUAUCAUUUGGAAAAGUACCAUUCUUGGAUCUGUCACUGUUCCAGUUGAGAGCGAAGGUCAAACUGGUGCCUUAUGGUAUUCUUUGGACAGCGCAUCUGGGCAAGUUUGUCUUCACAUAAAGACUAUAAAGAUUGCUGGAAAUGCUUCAAGAAUUGCUGGAGCUACUAAUCGAAGGAGAGCUUCUUUAGACAAACAAGGGCCUACUGUGGUUCAUCAGAAACCUGGGCCUAUGCAGACAAUAUUCAAUCUCCUUCCGGACGAGGUGGCAGAACAUAGCUACUCAUGUGCACUUGAACGGUCUUUCCUGUACCAUGGACGCAUGUAUGUCUCUGCAUGGCACAUCUGCUUCCACUCUAACGUAUUCUCUAAGCAAAUGAAGGUGAUCAUACCAUUUGGAGAUAUUGAUGAGAUACGUCGGAGUCAGCAUGCUUUUAUAAAUCCCGCCAUAACCAUUAUCCUUCGGAUGGGUGCUGGUGGGCAUGGUGUGCCUCCUCUAGGAAGCCCAGAUGGUAGAGUCAGAUAUAAGUUUGCAUCAUUUUGGAACAGGAAUCAUGCUAUACGAAUACUGCACCGUACAGCAAAGAAUUACCAUACACUUGUAGAAGCUGAGAAAAAGGAAAAUGCAGAAUCUGCAUUACGGGCGCACAGUAGCUCUGUCAGAGUUAGAAAAGGUGAACCAUUGUCGCUGGAAAGCAUUGUGCCGAAAGCUGAGAAGGUUCAACCCUUUAUCAAAUACGAGGUUCUUGUUGGUAUACAUAAUGAUAUUUUUCCUUGCUCAGCAGAGCAGUUCCUAAAUUUAUUAUUGAGUGAUGAUUCUAAAUUUAUAAACGAGUACCGAUCAGCUAGAAAGGAUACAAAUUUAGUUAUUGGACCAUGGCAUCCAGCUGAUGAAUAUGAUGGUCAAGUGCGAGAAUUAACAUUCAGAUCCGUAUGUAAUAGUCCUAUGUGCCCACCAGAUACAGCCAUGACGGAAUAUCAGCAUUUUGUUUUAUCACCAGACAAGAAAAUCCUGGUGUUUGAAACAGUGCAACAGGCACACGAUGUACCUUUCGGAUCUUAUUUUGAGGUUCAUUGCUGCUGGAAAAUUGAGUCCAAUGCCGAAAGUUCCUCCACUAUUGAUAUUAAAGUUGGAGCACAUUUCAAGAAAUGGUGCGUUAUGCAGUCUAAAAUAAAGGCAGGAGCCAUAAACGAGUACAAGAAAGAGGUGGAUGUUAUGUUGACGGUGGCUCGUUCGUACAUCGCUUCGCACACGUGCAAAGACUCGGAUACCAGUGAUCUGCAUCCGUCGUCUGCUGUGCCCACUGCAACACAAGAAGGAAACUGAUUUUGGUUCUUACACUCUCACAUCACAUCCCAUUGCUCCUUUCUGCUCCAAGCAUUGUAAGUAAGCUUUUUACCUUUUGUUUUUUUAAAUGCCUGGGGUGCUAUGUUGUACAAGGGCUUUCCCGCUUCAUAUUCCAACACCGUCUUUUUCCUGACGGUGGAUGGUUCAUGUAGCCCGGAUGUUGUAACAGAAGAAAAAAUGUCACUGCACCCUUGUCUUCCUGAAGAGGAAAGUAGGUGGUGUGUGUCUGUUUUUGGUUUUGGAUCUCAAAAGACUUCCUUCGCUCUCUGUUUUCUCUUCUCCUCUUUUGUAUCUACAGGUUGAGAGCGUCUUUUCGCUCUUGAUUAAAGGUAAUUGUUGUUUAUAUCAUAUACUCUCUCUGGAGUCGAUUCAUUUUAGUGGUGAUAUUUGAUGAAAAUAUCUGUCACGCCCUGAGUUUGAAUGAGGCCAACAUCACAAAAAAAAUCCAUGAAUUUCGAUCCCAGAUUGAUCUCCCUUGUCCUUGUGUUUAGUGCAUUGUAUGAAUGUUGGGGAAGUGGUUCAUGUAAUGUGAAAUUGCCAGAACAUAAGAAAGAACCAGUGCAGCAACUUCGAAUAAGCAUCGUUGUAGUUUGGUAAAUAAUGCAUGAUUUCUCAUCCAUCGAAUAGCUGGAGUUUGUUAAUUAGGAUGCUAACUAUUCUCAUUGCUCCUUUAGUGUACUAGAAGAAAUGUAAUUUCGACUCGACUUGCUGGAUUACCUCCGUACAUAUCGUAGAGCAAGGCACGAGACUUCCUUUCUUGACACCACGUCAUAUCCCUCUUGUGUUCUGGGCAUGUUUUCUUCUUCUUCUAAUACUAAUUUACUUUUGAUUAAGUGCAAGUCUCAAUCCUCCAAAUAGACCACGAAGGGCGGGAUGCCCCGAUGAGAGAUUGACAUCGAUUUUUUCUUCUUACAAUCGUUUUGAUGAUCAUUGUUCUUUUUCUCUACGGAGGGAAAUGAUAGUCAUUCCAUAGAGGCACUACGAAGAAAAUCUCGUAAAAUGCGCUAUGAAGCUGUUGGUUAGCAUAGUCUAAUUAAAGAUAUCAUCGCGUACGUCUAAUAACUAAGCUCGAUCGAUGCGUAACACGAUGCUGAACUACAUAUCCAAAUUGCCCCCAUGCCAAACAAAACAACCCUGAAAAUGCUUCCAAAUGAUCCAACGUCACUUAGACAUCCACUUCUCCCGCUGGAAAUUAGCUGUCAAAGCUCCCAAUUUCUUUUUUUCUUCCAUGAAACCAAUCAAAUCCAAACACAACAAAAUACAAAAUUAUCCCCCCUGAAGAAAAAAAACAAAACAGCUUAUUCUUACAUAAUUUCUUCCCUUUCCUUUCUCCAUAAAUACACAAAAACCCCUCCGCACCACCUCAAAAACCCUCACUCUCCUCCGUCUCUUCAUUUCGCGCGCGCGCGUGCGUUUUCUUCUGCUCUGUAAUUUCUUCCGUUGGACAUCACCGGAGAAAGAUUCGUGCCUCCGAUAGACCAGCAGAGGAAGAAGCAUUCAGCCGAAGCAGCAGCUGACGAAGGAGGAAGUAAAGUGAAGUAAAGUAAAGUCGGUCUGCUUCGCGUUUGGCCGCGGCGUGCUAAAGUAAAGACUAUUCACUGGAGAGAAAUCGAGCGACGGCGAUCAUCCGAUACAAUCUUCCCCGGCGGGAUCUUUCUGCGCGGUUGGAAUAAGGCAUACACAUUCAGAGAAAAGAUGAUGGAAAACAAAAGAAGUCCUUGCUUUCUUGACCAAGGGAACAUCACUUCUCUGUCAAGCAAAAGGCACAAGGCUGGCCCCCCAAUCAAGGUUUCCCCUUGUUUCUCCCAUUUUAGCUUAUAUUGGAUUUCCAAACUUGACGAAUGGAAAAUGGACGGUAUAAAAUGAAAAUAGAUGGUUUUAGCUGUUGUUUGGAUGGAGUCCUGAAGCAUUUUCGGUGUUGAGAAGUACCCUUUAAAUUAAUACAUAGUAAUCUCUUUCAAAUUGCUGAAGCUCUUUGCUUCUGAAAUAUAUGGCCAACUAACGGCUUGUCUUCUCUUUUUGAAUGACUCAUACAGGACCAGAAAGAGAAGUUCGGUGAAAGGAUUGUAAUUCUGCAGCAGCUUGUUUCACCAUAUGGAAAGACGGAUACAGCAUCAGUGCUUUUGGAAGCCAUGCAAUACAUUCAUUUCCUCCAUGAACAAGUUAAUGUGUUGAGUGCUCCAUAUCUGCAAGCUACACCUCCAAUUUAUACCCAGGGUUUGGAUGAAUACAGUCUGAGAAGCAGAGGACUGUGCCUUGUUCCAGUCUCUUCAACAGCCGGAGUGGCUAAUAGCAAUGGAGCAGAUCUUUGGGCUCCAAUCAAGCCCAACCCAUUACUCCAGUGACCCAGCUCGGCCCUUAAGCUGCAGUCCAAGUUUCAAACGCCCAUCCAAGUUCAUAAAAACAGAGAGAGAGAGAGAGAUGCCCUUUUAUAAGAGGGUAAAUUUUGUACAACGAAAGGUGCAAUUUUGAUGGCGCAGAAACUGUGUAGGCUGUAGCUUUGAUGAAAAGAAAUAGGAAAAGCUGAUCUUUCACUUCAUAUAUCGAGGGAAGUGGAGUAUAGUGCAUCAAUAUAAAAGCUAUUACGUGCAAGGUUUGUUUGAAUUGUGCGUGUACAAGUUGCUCUCUCCUAACCAACGAGGCUACAAAAGCUAAAUGGAAAUGAAUGGUAUAACGUUGGGG